AUGAGUGAUUUAGCGUUUUUAAAAAGAAAAUUUGAAAGUUUGAGUAUUGUUGAUGAUGAAGCACCAAGAAUUUCGAAAAAGAAUUUUAUCUAAGAUGGUGAAUUUUACAUUUUGGGCAAAAAAAUCUCCUCCAUUCAUCUGGUUGCACCUCUUUAAAACAUAAUUAACAAGCCUGACAUUGUUUAAACUUGUUUGCAAUUAAUGACAAAAGAUAAAUACAAUCCUUUUUUAUAUAUUGAUAGGCCUAUUAAAAAAGCUAAUGAUGAGUAAAAAUGA